AGAAAACACAAGUAAGAUGUGAACUGCGGCGAAAGUCGGCAAUGGCGCAUACAUUUUGACAAGUCUCUCAAUUUCAGCGUUUCCAGUUUGGUCCAAGGACACUGCAUUAAGUAAUGUGGGAUCAUUUUUCGUUUUCAACUGGUUAAUUUAACGGACGAGAACAGACAAGAAAAAGCAAUGUCGAUGUUGCAUCUUCAAGAGGAGCACCCCCAGCUCUCCGAGCUGAGUCUGGUCCUUCUGGGAAAGAGGGGUGCUGGGAAGUCUGCUGCGGGGAACGCCAUAUUCGGGAAAGAUGAGUUCCGCGGGAAUGAAGGGGUGUCGUGUGUGAAGAGACAGGCGGAGGUGGCGGGAAGGCGCGUCACUGUUGUGGACACUCCAGGGUGGGACAGGGUCAGUGCCUUUCGCACGUCUGAACAGGUGAAACAGGAAAUGACCCGUAGUGCAUUCCUGUGUCCUCCGGGACCCCACGCUGUCCUUCUGACCAUCCCUGUGGAGGAACUCCCGCAGAGGGAAAAGAAAUCGUUGAAGACCCACAUGCAGCUGCUGGGAGAGAGGAUCUGGAGACACACUUUAGUGCUGUUCACCUACGAAGAGGAAAUGGAGAGGAGCGCCAUCGAGGAGCACAUCAGCAAAGAGAAGUCUCUGCAGUGGCUGGUGGAGCAGUGCGGCUACAGGUACCAUGUCCUGAACAUCGCCAAGGACUGCUCCCGCACCCAAGUCAUGGACCUGUUCGGGAAGAUCGAGCAGAUGGUGGCAGAAAACCGCGGCGAGGUCUACCUGCCCCAGGUUUACUAUGACAUCAUAGAGAGCGCAAGGCCAAAGGAAUACACCGAGCUGAGACAAGAAUAUGACCAGCGUGAACUGCAACUCAAACAGAGCUGGAGAAAAGAGGAAGAUGAGUAUAAGGCACAGAUUGAGAAGCUUAAGAAACAGGUUGACCAGCUAAACACAAGAGAAACAGAGAUUAAACCAAGGAAGAGGAGUGGCAGUCUCGACACCCCACCCGACGAGGAGUCCCCCCAGCUCUCCGAGCUGAGACUGGUCCUUCUGGGAAAGAGGGGUGCUGGAAAGUCUGCUGCAGGGAACGCCAUAUUCGGGAAAGAUGAGUUCCGCGGGAAUGAAGGGGUGUCGUGUGUGAAGAGACAGGCGGAGGUGGCGGGAAGGCGCGUCACUGUUGUGGACACUCCAGGGUGGGACAGGGUCAGUACCUUUCGCACGCAUGAACAGGUGAAACAGGAAAUGACCCGUAGUGCGUUCCUGUGUCCUCCGGGACCCCACGCUGUCCUUCUGACCAUCCCUGUGGAGGAACUCCCGCAGAGGGAAAAGAAAUCAGUGAAGACCCACAUGCAGCUGCUGGGAGAGAGGAUCUGGAGACACACCUUAGUGCUGUUCACCUGCGAAGAGGAAAUGGAGAGGAGCGCCAUCGAGGAGCACAUCAGCAAAGAGAAGUCUCUGCAGCAGCUGGUGGAGCAGUGCGGCUACAGGUACCAUGUCCUGAACAUCGCCAAGGACUGCUCCCGCACCCAAGUCAUGGACCUGUUCGGGAAGAUCGAGCAGAUGGUGGCAGAAAACCGCGGCGAGGUCUACCUGCCCCAGGUUUACUAUGACAUCAUUGAGAGCGCAAGGCCAAAGGAAUACACCGAGCUGAGACAAGAAUAUGACCAGCGUGAACUGCAACUCAAACAGAGCUGGAGAACAAAGGAAGAUGAGUAUAAGGCACAGAUUGAGAAACUUAAGAAACAGGUUGAGGAGCUAAACACAAGAGAAACAGAGAUUAAACCAAGGAAGAGGAGUGGCAGUCUUGAGACCCCACCUGACAUGUCAGCAGAAAAAGCAGAGAAGAAGGAGGUGGAGCAGAGCGGAGGGCUGAGGGUGGACCUGGAGACCGUCAAACAGGGAUACAGAGAAGAGGCCAUGGCCAUUUUGCAGCACUAUGUCAAGCCUAUUCUAGUCUUUCUGGCGGCCAUAGUGGGUGCACUAUUGGGAUCCAUAGUGGGGUCGUUUAGAGGGCCUUAUGGAGCGGCUAUUGGUGUUCCCAUUGGUAUACUUGUAGCGCUUCUGCUAGCAUCGGUAGUGAGAACAGAGGCCAGAGCUGCGCGAGGUACUCCUCCCAGUGUGGGGACUUGCAGCAGCCCGAUUCAGAGAGAUCCACUACAGGGCACACUUUCCACUGCACACAGGUGAGGGGGGGCUCAGACUAACACCAGCAAUGGACCAGAGGACUGUGUGUGUGUGUGUGCGCGCGUGUGUGUGCGUGUGUGUGUGUGUGUGUAUGCAUGUGCAUCUGUGUGUAUGCAGAAGAUGUAGUUUAUUUUGUAAUAAUGUAAAUACAUUUUUGUAUAUUGUUAAAUAAAGUAAUAUUUUAAAGUAAUAA